CUUUAACAUGUUGAACGUUAGAUCUUUUUAGUCUGCAAUUUCCUGCAACAGGUAGCCUUGAGAGAUGAGUUGCUGUCAUGGGUCUGUGCCCCAGGAGGUCCGGCCUGGCACAGCACGGGUCCUAGUGACUUCCCUGAGUGAAUCAGGCCACAUCAACCCAACUCCUGCCACAAAAUCAUGUGAAGACUCUGAGACAGUAGUGGAGUUUUACCUCUCUCCAGAGAAGCUGGAGUUGCUGUGUGGAACUCAGGACCUCUCUCAUGUGACCUCGCUGGAGAUCUGUGUAAACACACAAGAAAACACACUAUGUAACUUUGGUGCCUACUUGCCCAAGCUGGUGCAGCUCAAAAUGAACAACAGCAUGAUUAUGUCAGUGAGAGACCUGGGAACCACCCUCUCCCACCUGCAGGUGCUGUGGAUGUCUCGCUGCUCCCUACAAGACCUAGAUGGCAUUUCUACUUUCUUCUCCCUUAAGGAGUUUUACGUGGCCUAUAACAAUGUGUCAGACCUGAGUCAGGUUGGCAUGCUGGAGAACCUGCAGCUGUUAGAUCUGGAGGGGAAUGAUGUGGAUGACCUAGUCCAGGUCCAGUAUCUGGGGCUGUGUGGUAAACUCCAGACACUCACUCUGGAGGGAAACCCUGUGUGUGUGCGCCCAAACCCCACUGCCUCCCAGACAGCAGACUAUAGUUAUCGGACUGCAGUGAGGGAGUUGGUCCCUCAGCUGUGUUACCUAGAUGAUCUAAGGGUGGAGGAGGACAGGCUGAGCUUCAGCAGCACCAUGGGAGAGGACUGGGUCAUUCUUCGAAACUCCAUCAGAGACAACAUCUCCUCUCCGGCAGCUGCUGAAGAUGAGGAAACAGCAGACAGUGCAUGUCCUUACAGCAGACCCAGCUCAGCCAGGCGCCCUGCUUCCAGCCUCUCCUGCGUCUGGCCCCUCUCGUCAGCAGGCUCCAGACCCCACACUGGCUCCAGACCCAUGUCAGCAACUGGGCCUGGCGUUCUCUCCCCUCCUGGAUCCAGACCUGGUUCUGCAGACUCAGAUAUGGCGACAGUGGAAGCAGAAACCAGCACCUUGACGCAUGGAGCUGGCAAGAUCCUGUUCUGUGGAAACCUAGUCCAGGCGAUUCGAGCAAAGCGAGAAAAAUUAAGGACAGCACCCACCAGGUCUACUUUCAUGCCCCGUGACCUGCCCAUCCAUGUGCCAGAACACACGUACGACCUUGAGGAGCUUGAUGUUAGAGAACGCGUUGAUGUGUUUGCUGAGCUUCGAGCUUGGAGGGAGCAGCACAGCAGGCGACUUCAGGCCAUAGAGGCAGAAAGACUGCCGCAGGUCCUGACUAUUCAGCAUAGUGAAGAAGAAGAGGGGGAAGGUGAUGAUGAAGAGGAAUGCUUUGGCAGUAUUAGGAAUGACAUUAGUGAUGAGGAGCAUGAAGAGGAUAAGCAUGGUGACAGCUUAGAUACCUCUUCACCAGAUUCCUCUUUCCAGUCUCUCUCCCCAGACCUGCAUCACAGAGAGGCCUUUUCCCCUGUCUUGGCUCCACUGUCCCUGUCCUUAGACACCACCCUGUCCCCUUCUCCCCCUCUCAGUGCUGCAACAGUUACUGGUAAUCGCAAGCCACAAGGGAUGCGUACACGUAGGUUUCGACUCAGCCAGACCAACUCAGAACAAGUACCUGAUUUCAGCAGAGUAGGUCACUCCCCUGUGACCGGUAUAACCACUGAACGGACAGUCGAGAGGGUCCAGCAGUUAACCAGGUCUGAUGGGCCUCUGUUACCCAUGCCUGCACACAUACCCCGCCCACCUCCAACAAGUGCCCAGGGUGAAGGGCUCAUGGAUUCAUGUGCAGAGAUGGACUUAUCAAAUAUACAGUCCGGCAGAAAACCUCCUCAAUCCUGUCAGAUGUCCAAACUCCUGGGCAAACCAGCUAUUACUCGUCCUCACACAGCCAGGGCAGCUCUACAGAAACAUCACCCGCACCACAUACAGCAGCCCUGCAGAGGGAGCUCACACCCAGACUGACACCAGAACCGGCCAAUGUUUGGCCGCCUGAUCAGGAGUCAGUAAUGAUUAAUGUGACUGUUCCAUACCCUUAAGAACAGAGUGGCUGCUUAGAUGCCAUCAAAGGGCAUUCCCCUUAUUUACCCACUCACACCAUGCUUGGAGAUGUGAUUGAAUGACCUGUAUUUUGCCAUAUUGUUAUCGUUACUUUUCUUAUUUUUUUUAAAAGGAUCUUCAGUAGAAUAUAUUGUAAGCAUUCCCAUACACGGUGGGACUCACCAACACAAAUGCAUCCACUAAGCUUCUAACUCAUAGUCCUUUAACAUGAGUAAUUAAGCAAUUAACACAAGUAACAAUUUAAUUGUAGGUGUUGCUAUAUACUGAUAUUAUACUUCUAAUGCCACUGAGUUGUCGGUUUUCUGAUAGGUGGAUGAAAAAUUAAGGGAACUUAAUUGUGACUAAUACCUCAUGUUUGUAUUUCUCAGGUUGAAACACUGAAUUUUUCAUAAAUGCUACCUUGUGUUUAGCCACAGAGCUGUAAAGUUGAUGAAAUGUAAAGGAUAGAUUUAAACAAGGUCUCAGUGAUUGUCUUGAUAUUCCAUGUGUAAUAAUCAGCUUUUACCACUUGAGGACACUAUCUGUAAGCAUUACAUCAGAAACCUCAAUCCAUGCUUCAACCACCUUGAGCAAACUAUCCUUGAAAUGCAUCGCCUUAAAAAACGUUAUAUUCCUUUUUUGUCAGUUUGUCCACAUCUAAGGCAGCAUUUAGAUCAUACAUAGAGAGAGUGAUUUACAGUACACACACAUUCAGCAUGCAAGCUUUGGCCCUGCACACUGCUAAUACAGGAGAAAAUGUUUCACGAUGCAUUGACUGAUACACAACAUAAGUAAUGUAGUGGAACAAAUCCAGUCCAUUUAGAGUUUAUAUGUUCUAACUGUGACAUAUCAUGUUGUUUUCCGAGAGCUAUGGGAAAUUACCCAUCUAUUGCACCAUGAAGGUCAACCUCAGUCUGAUUUUUCCUUGAGACACAUUUGUGACUUCAAGUAUCUGGAUUUCACAGCGAGCUUGUCACAGACGUUUUCAAACUUGCCCGACCUUUUGUAUGAAUAGCUAACGGAAGCACACGCUCACACACACUUUAAGACACACAUUAAAAAAGCAAACAUGUAAAUGUAAAUGAGUCAAAUUAACAAAGCCCUGUUAACCAUCAAACCUUGACAGCACUGCAAACAUUCCUCACCUUAUGGCUUAGGAGAUGCACACAUGUCAGACAUAGGAAUGCAUAAUGUGUGUAUAUCCACUCAGCCAUGUGACAGCUCUUAUGUAACGUGUUGGCACUUCUGAUCUUCCAGGAACUCACCUAACUGUUUCACCUUUCGAUCAUCUUCCCUCAGGGGAGCUUCAUUUGUUGGAUUGCUUGGCUCCUUUGCUCCCUGUCAGGUGUUUUCAGCCACGCUCCCGUCUCACUGGUGCUAUCACGUCUCAAGACACAGAUGGAGGAGAGUGGAAUGAAAGGAGAGGCCUUUUUACGGUGGGAAAGUGGGAGAGUGUCCACCUACUCUCUCUGAAUAGUCU